UCAAAGUGGUUUCCGAGGAAAGUUCAGUUGAGUUUCGACCAUACCAAAGAUCAGUGAGUGGAGUGAAGAUGAAAUUCACUGCGUUGAUAACGUUGAUGGUGCUGGGUGUUGUGUAUGGAAUACCGAUAAACGAUCAAGAGGAUGUUUCCGGCCCCAAGGGAACUCAAGCGGCCGAGGAGAGAAUCUUAGAUUUGAGCAGAAAAUCUAGACAGUUACUCGGAUCAGCAUUCGGUUACAGUUCCAUCAAUAACGGACUUUCGCAAGGAUUUGGUGGUUAUCCCGGUUCUUAUUCGGGCUAUUCCGGUUUCAGUGGAUAUCCAUACAAUAGUGGCCCAUACGGAAAUGUAGGACCAUAUGGUAACGGAAUUUACUCGAAUGGACUCUACAGCAAUGGACUAGGGGGUUACAACGGAUAUCAACCACUCAACGGCGGUGGAUUUGGAGGAAUAGGUUACAAUGGAUUGGGUCAGCAGCUUCCCUACGAUCCGUACAAUCCGAUUGCAGCGAGAGGGUUUUUUCCUGGAGCCGGCAUCUAUAGGAGACCUUAUUGAUGACAGUUUUUCGAUUGACGAAC